GUCUGUUCUCUUCUUCUUCUACCGUGGAGGUGAACUGGCCUCAGUUUGAGGCUCGUAACAUCAGCGGCAGCCUGAAGGUGGAGCCAGCGAGCAGCAUCCUGUACAGCUCGGCUGUCGUCUUCAGCAGGCUGUUGGAGUAUGAUGACAUGAAUGACACAGCCGAUCCGACCUCUGACCUCUUCCCUCCGUACGAGCUGCAGGACUUCACCUGGUCUCGUCUCAACAUGUCGGGUCUUAGCGCUCUGCUGUGUGGAGCCGCCGAGACCUUCAGCAACGGGUCGCUCUGCCUGCAGCUCUCUGCGUUUGAGUUAGAAGGGCGGGAUCAGUCCUGGCCCCGCCUCCUCCACACAGCUAACUCCUCCCAGUUAAGGGUGUGGCUUGAUGGUGUGUCACCGCGUGCGACUCGUUCGAGGUUCCUAUUGGAGCUGCAGGCGGUGGGCGGGACUUAUCCUCUGAGCAGAGUGGAGGUUCACCGAUCGAUCGACGACGAGUUCACACCGUCGAUAUUUAAGGUGUCUCAGUGGGUGUCCUCGGUGAACAGCAGCUCUGAUGUUCUGGGUUUCCUUCAGUGGAAGCCGGUGUCGUACCGGCGGUCCGACCCGGCUCUGGAGUUCGCCACGCCGUGCCGUCACUCCGACCCGCAGCCUCAGAGCGGCGAGGAGGUGGCGGCGGCGUCCGGUCUGAUCCGAGCGUUCUACGCAGAACCGCAAACGUUCGGACUCAACGUGAGCUUCGGUCUCGCGGGAGAACCGUUCUACAACAGCACCAAGUUCUUCAGCUGGACGGUGCUGCUGGGCGCCGGUUCUCCGCCCGUCGACUCCUUCUCCCCGCUGGUUCUCGCUGUGAUGGCGGUCGGUCUGGGAACUCCUAUGAUCCUCCUGUUGCUGGGCGGAGUCUGCGUCUGCGUCCGUAAGAGGGCGGCGGCCUCGGCGACGGCCUACGAGCCAAUCAACUGACGGCUGAUCGGAGGGUUUAAAACUCAACGUUUUUAUUUUUUAUAAGACUCAUUGAGUCUGAUGACAUCAGAGUCCAGCUGACCAAUCAGGACCCAGGAAGUGUUUUUUUUCUUCAUAUAUAUAUUUAAAGAGAAAAUAAUUCUGACACUUCUAUAAUAAUGAAUUAAAUUUAAUUAGUUCUGAUUUGAACCCGCAGAAGAAGAAUGAUUAUUUUAAGUUGUUGGAUGAAUCCACGUUUACCGAGUAUUGUUUAAAGUAUUUCCUUAAUGAACGGGUUCGAAAAUCAACACGGACGUAAACAAAGAAUGUUGAAAAUGUUUAGUGAGUGAAACGUGUUUUUAAAGUUUCACUGAUCAUGACUAAAGUUUAA